AUGAGUGAGGAGGAUGUGAGCAUUCCCCAAGUGGAGGACGCGAACAUUUCUCAGUCAACAUCCAACGCAAGAAGCAAGGAGGAGGAGAAAGACAGCCGAUCUAAUGUGAAUUUGAAGGAAAAUACGAAACAGUCUGGGAGCCCAACAUCUUCAACGUCUAGUUUGGAAGGCAUCGACAUGAGCCCACAAGAUUCAUUUUUCGAGGUGCUGUACAUUGGCCGGAUCAAGGUAUCACACCGUAAAGGCCCUCCAUCCUUUGUGGAUGAUGCUCUAGAAGAACUUCAAAAGCAUGAGUUAGAGAAGCUUCAUAAGAAUGAGAUGCUUCAGGAGAAAGCAAAGACACCCGAGAUGAUCAUAGAACAGCGAGGAAAGUCUCAGUCAGUCCUCAGUCAGCAAAUGAAGCAGUCAAGUGAAAGCUGCAGUCCCAAAUCCAUUUCAAGUCUCACUUGCAUUGAUGGCACAAAAGAGCAUGAGAAGAGUCCAUCGAGUCCAGUCAAUGGGAAAGUGGACAAUCUCCCUCAUUCCAUCCUGCGUGUUAGGUCUGCAAGUGGUGACUCCUCACCCAACAGGGGGAGCAGCCCUGUGAAACAUGAAUCUUCCCCUCCCUUCAUAAAUGGCAGUGGAGAAGGUCGGAAUGGACUGCAGAAGAUUGGAAACAUUCAGUCAAGGGGACAGUCCUCCCCAAAUAAGACCAUGCUCUUGUGCAUUGGGGUGUCUGAUGUCCGCCUUGUCAGUCCAGAUCGCAAGUCAAGCCUUCUCCAGAAGCACAUUCGGGAAAUCUCACAUUGCUCUCAAGGCAUAAAAAAUGAUGAUCAUUUUGGCUUCAUUUGCCGUGAAAUGCAUGUCAAUUCAUAUGUAGGAUACAUCUUUCGUUGCAAGUCUUCAGCAACUGUGGAGCAUAUCAUAAGGACUUUGAGAGGUUCCUUCAAUAAGUUAGUGGAAGUUCAGCAUCAGGAGAUCUUGGCUCGAGGCUUGUGCUCUCAUUGCCCUCUGGCUUGGUAUGAACGCCUCUGUGCCAGCAUUGAUGGAAUGUCACUGAAGGAAUCCUAUGGAGUUCUGAUGUCACGUGUGAGCAUGCUUCCUGAAGUGGACAGAUCUAUGCUUAUGGCCAAGCUGGCAGGUGGUGAGCCUUUUCGCUCGCUUCAGGAGAAGAAUACAUUGCUUAUGAUGCUUUUACGUGCCCAUUGUGAAGCCAAACAGGCAGAGCACAGUCAUGUUUUCUACAAGGAGGAGUUGAUGGAAAAGAGCACUUCUUUCCCAUUGUUUCUUGAUCGAGCCAAGCGUACUUUCCUUACAUCACUUGAUACAUUCAAGAGGAACCAUGAAGUCCCAAAACCAAUAGAAAAUCAGUCCCAGAAGAUAGUCAUGCCAUCACCAAACACUCCUUCAAGUCAGGACUUUGAGUGCCGUUCACACAACACAUCAGUCUCCUGCAUUUCAUCCACACCAGGGCCAGGGGUGUUGGCAUCACAUUCUACUUCCUCCACAACUCAGUCAUCAAUGCACCAGCCCCUUCCAGUCAAACGUGUCCCAUCUGUGGAUCGAGAGGAUCGGAGCCUUUCUCCUAUUCCUCAAAUAUCUCGGCCUCGAUCCUCUACACUCAGCUCAGCUGAAGGAAAUCAUAUUAAGAAGGAACUUCGGCAAAUAUCCCAUUCUUAUGAGCAGCCUUGGGUAGAUAAAGCUCCAGAAUUGAAUGAGGCUCAGAAUAAAGGGCAUCCUGUCAAAGUGGCAGAUUCUGGUUCUAUGAAGCAAUUGGGUCGUAAGAUCUCAUGGCGCCAAACCAUCUUCAAGCAUGUCAUUGCUCCGAGUGCACCAAAGGCCAUCAAUUUUUCAUCACCUCCUCGUACUAAGAAAGAAUUGAUGAUCUUAUGGAAACGGAAGGUCUUUCAGCAAAUUCUCAUUAUCCGCUUUGAACGGCUUAAAGAGCAUCUCAAGGAGAAGCAAAUGGACACAAAAACAGAAUUGCUGCGAAGGUCCUAUGAUGAUGUGGGUCAUAGCAUUGAGGCUGAGGAAGCUUGGGCCCUUCUCUUGAGUCACUCCUCAUUUGACACCUUCGAAACAAAACUCCUUACAGAUGCUGUUAAAGAAGGCAUUCCCAGUGAACUGAGAAGGCAGGCUUGGAUUCUCUUGGCACAGCAGUUUCAAUCCUCUACUCCUCUUCCCGAUGAUGUUGACAUUGAUACCCCCUAUACAUCUUUAUUGGGACAGCUGACAUCACAGCAACAUCAGAUACUCAUGGAUUUGGGAAGGACAUUCCCAACCCACCCAUACUUCAGCCAACCCUUAGGACCAGGACAGUUGGAAAUGUUCAACAUCCUCAAAGCAUAUUCCUUGUUAGAUAAGCAAGUGGAAUAUUGUCAGGGACUCAGCUUCAUAGCUGGGCUUCUCCUCAUGCAUAUGGGGGAAGAGGAUGCCUGGGAAAUGCUCCUUCACCUUUUGAUCAAGUUGGGAUUGAGAAAUUAUUUUGCUGAGGACAUGGGUGGCCUGCAUCUUGCCCUGUAUCAAUUGGCAAGACUUCUCUGUGAUAGACUCGAUCGCCUUCACAAGCACCUGGAGAGCCUUCAGGCUUCCCCAGGCCUCUUUGCUCCCCAAUGGAUUCUCACUAUCUUCUCUGCCAUUUUUCCCAUUGGAUUUGCCAUUCGAGUCUUAGAUUUAUUGUUCCUGCAAGGCAAAGAUGCCCUGUUGAAAGUGGCCAUUGUGAUCAUGGAUUUGUACAAGGAGGAUCUCCUUUCCAAGACAACAUGUGAAGAGAUCAUGACAUGCCUCAAGUCAGACAUUCCUAUUCAAUCCAUGAAGGAUGCUAACCUCAUCAUUAGACAGGCUGCUGAUCUUGACAUUGACAAGGAGCUCAAGACUUACCACAUCGAGUAUGAAAUCUUGAGUGAACAAGAGUCUCAUUUCCAUGAGCAAGAGAAGCAGAUGUCUUCAGUGAAGCGCCUUCAAGCCCAUAAUCGUAACCUCCUAGAGCAGCUGUGGAAGGCAUCCAAUACAAUUCAGCGACUUGAGGGUGUCUUGGCUCAGCACCAGGUCAUGGAAAACAAGUUGCAGUCAAAGCUAAAGUUGGCACAUGCCAAAAUCAGUCAGAUGAAGCAGCAAUCAAAGGCAUCAGAACCUUCAACUCCCAGCCCCACUCCAGAAUCCCAGCAGAGUACUCCAGUAAAGUCAGCUCGGAUGUCAGUGAUGAGCAUUCCACAGAACAAGCUUGUGCGAGAAACAGAUAUGAUCCUGUCCAAGGAAGCCCUGGAAGAAGCUAAAGCGUCCAUGGAGCGAAGUGAUGUGCCGAUGCAACCUGAGGACCCUGACAUUGAUAUGACCCCUAUACCAUUGAUCAGUAUCAAGCCACAGGAUUAUAUUCUUAAUGUAGCUGGAGGAAGCAGUUUAUAUAUGAAGCCUAACAAAGGUGUCACCCCUCCAAGCAUCAUCCCUCAUCUCAUUGAUGUACCAGUUGAGAAAUCGGAAGCUCUGAGUUCGACUCCUGUUGCUGAUGUGUCUCCUUUGAAGCUUAGUAGUUAUGAGCGAACCAAGUCACUAUCAGAGCCCUCUAACAGAUCUUUUGAUGAGUCAAUUCGUUUGACCCUGUUUGAGUCUGAGGUUGACUUAGAGGAUUCUCCUGAGCACAUCUGUCAUCAGCAACUUGCAUUGGUUUUUGCAAACUUGACUCAGGAGAUAUCGAGUCUUGGGAGGUGGAGGAAGGACCUCCAUGAAGCAGAGACGGGGUUACUGACUGAACGAAGUGAUCUGUUUUCCUUUGAAGCCAUCUCUCACCUGGCUGAUGCCAAGGCAAAACUCCAGUCCUGUGAGCUCCAGCUAAAGACUGUGUGUUUUUCCCUCAAGGCAGCCAUGUCUCAAAUCCUCCCUUCAUCUUUAUCCGACUGAGAUUCCAAAACCAAAAAGCUUGCUUCCAUCUCUAGGCUUCAUUCAUACCUCAGGAAUCCUAUGGUUUGAUCAUCUCUAGGUCACUGAACCUUUUGGUUCUCAUCUUGGUGUCCUGAUGACAGAAAUAUGCAAGUGCACAAUGCAGCACAAUUGAGUGGUCAUGCUGUCAUUCCCAAUUGGAAUGCAGUGGUUUUCUUACCAAAUGCUGGCAUUAAAUCCUCUUUCCCCAUUCAGCAUCUGAUUAGUGGUAUUUGAUUACUCAUUUGUGGAAGUGUUUUGUCUUGAUUGAUGGAAGGUGCUUGUCUUAUGAUCUCUCAGAGUGGAGGCUGAGUUAUUUUAUUUGAGCAAUAUUUCUUCUAUCCUGUGUUGUCAGAUAUAGUGUUUAGCAAAAUCUUCCUAGCUAUUUAUUUCCUUUUAUGCAGAAAAGUGAUUUCAUGUUCAUGUCCUCUUUCUCUUCCUUUUGAUAGAAAAUCUAAAAAUUCAAAAGGCAAUGCCAUAAGUUGUAUGAUAGUGGGAUUUAAUUAGCUUAUGGCAUCAAUUAAUUCAGGGUAUCACAAUGGAACUAAAAAUGAAUGUUGAAUAUUGUUAAAGAUAUGUUGCACAGUGUCUGUGUCAUUAUAAAUUAUGUGAUCUAUUAUUGUGAGAAUCCUGGAAGUAUCCUUGGCUUAGCAGCUUUCCUCUUCUGUUCUGAUGGAACUUUGACAAAAAUAUUUUUAUCCAACACAUUCCUAGCCUCUACAAACCAGUGACUACAAAACUCUAAUAGCGACGGGAAAUGUAGUAAUGCCAGUGAUAACUGAUAACCCAGAAAAUAAAUUUAUUUUUCUCAUGACCUAGUCAAAGUUCACUGUCUAGUCCUCAAAAUGUCCAUGAAACCAUGUCAUACAUUAUAUGCUGCAAUCUUUUCAUGAAUUUUGAAUCUCUUAAUUAUUGUCCUCCGUUCUCAAAUUACAUUUCCUCCACUUGAUAUUGUCUGAUUGGAAUCUCCCUUGUUGAGUGUGCCUUCUGUUUCUUUGAUCAGGGAUUAGUACUGUGCUUUAUACUAUUUCUUUAUUGUGCCUUUAAAAUGAACGUUGUGAUUAUGGAAAAUGAAGGUGACUUACAGCACUUGG